CCUCCGUUUGCUCACCUCAAACACACAUUCGUACGCUUACGCUACUGCUAAGCUGCCCACUCUUGCUACUUCAUAGUCACAACUCAUUUCCACUAGCCCAAGUCUCCGUCUCCGGUCCGUGCUUGAUCGCUUGCACCAUCGCGACGACACUUUGACCUCACUACACACACCGCAAUGUCCGCCUUGUUUACCACGCUAUUUGCGACCCCAACCGACCAUACUGAUGAGGACACGAAACCAACACACACCGACCCGUUCUGGCAAGCCACACCUCGCGUCCUGCAUAAAGAGCUCGCCAUGCCAGUAUUCCAGAAGUCUUCCCAAGCGCCCCGAGUCCCUCUGCGGCAGUCACGGCAGACAUCCGCCACGGCUGCUGUACGUCGGGCGCAGUGCACGCAUAUGACCGUCAACCGUGCCCAUGGACAUCUCACAUGUUUCAUAUGCGGCAAGACUCCCAGCAUAGGAUGGCUGUACGUCUGUCAGCAGGAUCGUGACAGCAACCACGGCGAGUCUCACCACGGCAUUGACCCUGACAUUCUCCCUAUCGUACCGAACGACAGCACCCACUUCGAAGCACAGGCUUGUCUCGCCGAAAAUCUUGGAAUGCACGCCUGGGUGGUCAACGGUAUUCAGAACCGUGACUACAAUCUUGAUCAAGUCGACCAGCUCAUUGAGCAAAAGAAGCACCUUCUCGCUACUGUCCGCCUGCAUGAACAACAAGUCAAUAGCUCUAAUAUGCGCUCAAUGGCCAACGAGGUGCGGAAGGACUUGCCGACCGAAAGAACCAUUGCCUCAGUCGGCGCUAGCGCUGGCCAUCGCGCAGGAGUACAGAGCAGUCCGGACCUGUUCAAGCGGCAGCUGAGAUCGCAGAAAACUCAAGGCUGCAACUUCCAAGUCUGUCACACCUGCCGUCCUUUCUUUGUCGACCGCCUACACACCAGCUUCGAAAAGGUGCUCAGCGGUGAAAGUCCGGCUGUUACCGAGGAAGAAAUUAGCUGCCUCCCGUUCUUGCGCCCCAACAUAGUACGCACACUGGGUUUGCGCUAUCCGGUUUUCCCAGCUCAACCGAGUCCGAAGCGGCAAGCAAGCGUUGAUAUUACCGCUCAGCAAGCGGACGGCACGGAUGAGGAUACGUCGGACUGGACGCCCACCAGCGCCACAAUCAGCGAGUCGGGAUCGGAGUCUAUCGAGGGCAUAGAUCCGUAUCCAUGCCCGGGUGCUGGUCAUUGUCCGGUAUGGAGUCGCCGCUCGGGUUGCGCCUACGACACUGGCUUCGAUGACGGGCUACGAGCUUCGAACCAUGGCUUCGGUCCAGGUCCAGCAUCGGACAACACUCGCGUGACCCCAGAGAACUCCGCUAGCCGUCUUCAUCGUCUUCACGUCAGCGUCACGGAUACACCAGGUGGCACGUCUUCGACAGUGUCCUCGAUUAGUCUUCCGGUUACUCCGACAGCUCCACUGACACCGCUUAUCCACAUCGAACGGCCCUUUGAAGAUGAGCUUGAGAUGCGCUCGCUAAGGCCUGGCAAGGCAGCUUCGAUAUACGGCCCACUGAUGGACUACACCGCAAACCACGGCAGGCUUGGACUUGGCAUACAUAACAGAGACAGCAGUAGCAGUCUGGGCGGCGCAGUCGAAGUCGAAGGUGGCGUGGCGCUGACGGAGGAGGCGGUUGAGACGGGGAUGCCGGACAUCAUCACCGCUGACGAUUAGUCUUUGUCAGAGGAUAAGAAUGCGC